AUGUGCAAGUGUGGAAUCACUCACAAGGUAGCAACACCGUACCAUCCACAAACCAGUGGCCAAGUAGAAGUUUCUGAUAGGGAAAUUAAGCAUAUCCUUGAAAAGACUGUUAAUCCUACUAGGAAAGAUUGGUCUUCACGUUUAAAUGAUGCUUUGUGGGACUAUAGAACUGCGUACAAAACUCUUAUUGGCAUGUCCCCUUAUAGAAUUGUAUAUGGUAAAGCAUUUCAUCUACCUGUAGAGCUAGAACAUCGUGCUUAUUGGGCUGUUAAGAAAUUGAACUUUGAUCUUGAUAAGGCAGGAAAAUUACGUUCUCGAUGGUCAGGCCCAUUCUUCGUACAUACUGUCUUCCCUCAUGGAGCUGUUGAAAUCGAAAAUCCAUCAAACAAGAACAUCUUCAAGGUCAAUGGUCAGAGAUUGAAACCAUUUCUGGAGUAUCUUCCACCAGAAGUUGAGACCAUAAACUUGGAAGACCCUGUUUAUGUGGACUAA